UUGGGCUUGCUGGGCGGGUGGUAGUGGGUCGGGAGGGGGGAUUGCUGGAUGUGUAGGGGUGCUCCUAUGAUUAGGCAAUGGUUACAAGUGCACUGCUGUGAGGAAGCCAGGCAGCUCGGUGUGAUGGUGGCGGCUAGUUGAAUGGUGUAGGGAACACUGUGGACUCGUUUCAUUGCAGCCGGCGCCGUGACUUCUCGCUAAUAUUACUCCCAGUAAGGAAGUCCUUUAGCCUAAUCCAAGCGAUAAAGUCGGCUUUCACUAAGGAUGUGCCCAAAGUGCAUCCCACAAGUCAAUACGGAGCGAGGGAGGCCGCGGUUAGUUGAAGCCCGCUCUUUCCGACCGCGUCCUCCCAUCAUGGCUUCCCGAUGUGUCCUUCCUCCCCUAGGCGGCCCUGUUUAUAUACAGUGAUCGCUCUGUCUAAUAUAGACUCUGCCAGGAGGGGCCGGGGCUUGGGCAGCUGACAUCACAAUCUCCCCCUUUCCUUAUAGCGGCCGGGAGGUGGAGCGCUGGCGGGAAGGACUGUUCCCUUCUCUCUUCUGUGAGGAGAGUCACUGCCGCUUUUACAUGGAAACAUUCGGGGUCGCCCGCGUGAAACCUCUAAAUCCAGUCACAGAAAUAGGCUGCGGCCCUCCCCGUGUUCCCUUGCUGUGUGUCCCACUACUGUGCCACUGUACAUUGCUUUCAUCUGCAAUUUCACAUUCUCUCUUAAACCACUUGUUAACCUUUAAAUUCUCUUUUAGUAUGACGUACAGAAGUGAUCAUUUGACACCAUUUGCUGUUGGUUUUCAGGCCUUGUUUAAUCUCUUAUUCUGCAGCUCCUUAGUUUGAGGUUUCAGCAAUCUGGUUGCCAGGGUCCAAAUUACCCUAGCAACCAUGCAUUGAUUUGAGUAAGGGACUUGCAUAUGAAUAGAAGAGGGCUGGAAGACAAAGAUGAACAAUUAAAGAGUAGUAAUAACAAUAGUUUUGUAGCCUUACAGAUGGACAAAAAAUUGUAAGAUGCACAACCGUUUUAUUUCCCACUAACCUCACGAUAAUUUGACGGAUUGGUCGGAUUGCACUGAAAUCGAUGGUUCACCAAUGAAAGAUCUUUACGUCUAUGGGGACCUUUAGAUAUUCUAGAACAUACUAAAAGUUUUAAAGCCUAAAUUGUAUAGAUCUGUGAUUGAAGAUGUUAUCAAUGAUGUGAGGGAGCUUUUUCUGGAUGAGGGAGUUGAUGAGCAAGUCUUGAUGGAGUUGAAAACACUGUGGGAAAGCAAGCUGAUGCAAUCUAAAGCAGUUGAUGGGUUUCACUCUGAGGAACAGCAACUUCUGCUGCAGGCUCAACAACAGCAGCAGCAUGCUCAGCAUCACCAUGUACAACAGCACCCUCAGCAACAGCAGGCAGCAUCUCACCAGACACAGCAGGUUCUCAUCCCCGCCACACACCAAGAGGCUGAUGGAUGGAAGCAGGUGGCAAGGUUGCUUAUGUGCAGAACUCCUCAGCAGCAAGUACUUGUACAAGAGUCCAAGCUGAUACAGCAUAUGACCCCACAAGGAAUGAGUGCUGCGGCUACAGCUGCCACCCUGGCACUGCCUGCUGGUGUUACACCGGUUCAGCAGCUGAUCACUAACUCUGGCCAACUAUUGCAGGUGGUCAGGGCAGCAAAUGGUGCUCAGUACCUUAUCCAGCCUCAGCAGUCCAUGGUGUUGCAGCAACAAGUAAUUCCUCAAAUGCAGCCAGGUGGCGUGCAAGCUCCUGUUAUUCAACAGGUGUUGGCUCCGAUACCGGGAGGCCUCUCCCAACAGACUGGUGUCAUUAUACAGCCACAACAGAUCUUAUUUACUGGCAACAAGACUCAAGUCAUACCCACUACUAUGUCUGCUCCUCAAGCACCAACACAGGGACAACUUACAGUGACAAGUCAGCAGCAGCAACAAGGGCAGCAGCAGACUUCGAUUGUCCUUCAAGUUGAUGGUGCUGGGGACACAUCAUCUGAGGAGGAUGAAGAUGAGGAUGAAGACUAUGAUGAUGAGGAGGAAGAGGACAAGGAGAAAGAUGGAGAAGAUGGUCAAGUGGAAGAGGAACCGCUCAACAGUGAAGAUGAUGUAAGCGAUGAGGAAGGGCAGGAGCUCUUUGACACAGAGAAUGUUGUAGUUUGCCAGUAUGACAAGAUCCACAGAAGUAAAAACAAGUGGAAAUUCCAUCUCAAAGAUGGCAUCAUGAACCUGAAUGGGAGAGAUUUUGUCUUCUCCAAAGCCAUUGGGGAUGCAGAAUGGUGAAGACGCACCAGCUUUUGAUAAAUCAAAUGGAAGUGUUUUUUUAUUUUUUAAGAAUGCAAGGGGAUAGACCUAAAUCAUGCAGAUUGCCUCCUUUUAUCCAUGCCAGGGCCUGAUUGGAGCAAAGUGUCCUCAAUGGAGCAUCAGAUGGAAAUGUGGAUCAUAUUGCCAACUUUAAAGGAUGUGUUAAAUCACCUAUAAUGGCUUGGAAGAGGUACCUUGGCACAGACUAUAGUGGGCAGAGCAGCAAUGGCUUUAGUGUGUAACUUGCUCACUUAAACCUCUGCAGACUUCAAUCUCCUUUGCUACGCAAAUCCAGCAGGUGUUUGACAGCCAUACUGCUACAUCUAUACUAACAUCUGCUCUGAGUACACAGUUGCUAUAUUUUAAUAGUGCUUUUGAGCUUGUUCUGGACAAACUGACACGUCUCUAAGAAUUUUGCCAAUUCUUAGAACCACUUCCCUUUCAGUUGACAGUAUAUUGACAGUCUUGGUGUUCAGCACUGAAGAUUCCAAAAUCCUCCAUUUUGUUUUAUUGUUUUAAACUGUUCGGCAUUAAGGCUUUCAAAUAACUUAUGUCUAAGACUUACCCUUUAGUUCACUGGAAAUGCAUUGAGCGGGCAGGUAUUAUUCCAUAACAGGUAGGGUUUUCACAUUGCUGUGAUGAUUUAGUCCAAGAUGGAACAUCUGCAAGUGAACAUCAGUCCUGAAGUAUAUAAUGUGCAGUUUUUAUUUUUCCAUGUGUAGUCAAAAGUGGCAGCGCAAGUUGAUGCCUGUUUAGUUUGACUACUUGAAUUGGGUGCUGCCUGUGCUUCAAUGAAUCCUUGUCUGGCUUGUUGUCCAACUUAAUUUGCCACAAUGAGUCUUGCUUCAUUCACAUGUUAAUAUUCCUUUUUAUGUUUAAGUUGGAACUGGAUUGAGACAACAAAAUAUACAUUAAAGGGCAGAUUUUUAAGGGUCGAAUUGGAAAUUCAAUUUUUUUUUGGUCAUGAAUCUCAAAUUUGAAUUGUGAAUUAUCCAAACUCCAUUAAAAUUUUAAUUCAGAUUCGAAUUUCGAGAUUUAUCAAACCUAUACCCUGGCAAUAUCUUGAAUUUGAUGAUUUGCCACCUUAAACCUGACAAGUUCAUGUAUAAGUCAGUGGGAGAGGUCCAGUGACCAAUUUGAAUUAUUGGCCUUCCUGACAUUCAAGUUUUUUCUGAGAAAAAAACUUGAUUAGAGUUAAUUUUAAAUGGUUUGAGCUUUUGGGUUGGUAAUAUUUGUUCAAACUUAUUUCUUACCCUCCCAAUUGAAUUUCAUGUAUAUUCGGGGGGGGAAAAAAUGCACAAAUUAAAUUUGUGGUUGAUGCACUGCUGGUACUUGUUAGGACACUUGGCUGCAAAGGCUCUUUGAUUAAUACAGAAGGGGCUGUUUAGUUCUGUAGUGCAUUGCCACCCUACAAAAUUGAUAUUGCCAUUAAAAAAUAUUAGCAAGAACGGGUUUUCAAAUGGUUUAAGUCAAGUGAAUCAUUUCUCAAAAACUGCCUUGUAAUUAGUGCCUAAAUCCAUGCAAACUUUGCAUUCAAAACCAACUCUAAAUAACCCUUUGGUUACCAUUGAUCAGUUUAAGGGUUACUUUAGCAAUCCUGCAGUGGAAAUGCACCUUCAUUCUGUGGGAGUUGUCAUGGUGGUUGCUCGUCUAAAUUGCUUGAUUAGGAGACAGUUCAAGGGUUUGUAGAACAAAACUGGCCUGCAAAAUGGGACCAAAGGUGCAUCUGUUCAUGUGCCUUAAACUGAGACUGGAUACCUUGUUAAUUCUGUAGGAACGGUGCUCCCAGAAUCCCAUGCACAGUGAGCAAUUUCCUACUGGUCUAUCUUGCCACUCAGACUUUGCCGUAAUGACGCCCAAAGACUUUCCAUGUUAACUCAUACCUGUGUCUUGGGAGAAAGAACGGAGCAGCUUUAAAGUUUUGCGACUGUAUGGCUGCUCCUGUGUGAAUCGGGGUGUUCCUAGGUUUGGGUUUUAUAAUGGUCUGCGAGAACUCUUUGCGCUACUGUUAACUGCUGUUGUACAUACAGUUGUAUGGAACGGCAGACAAAUCUAUUUAUUAUGUUUGUAAAAUUCUGUAAAAUUGCAGAUAACGUUUGCUUUUUGUCUUAACGAAUAUGUUUUUAAAUGCCAUGCUUAGGAUUGGAUUAGAAACUGUUGAUCUAUUUUAAGUUUUAAUAUUUUACCUUUGCAAAAAACGUUAAUUAAAGUUAUUUUGAAAAUUA